AAGAAAGAAAAGGGGCAACAAAAAAAAAGACAUCUCUGUCGGACGCUUAAGCCCUCUCAAAACCCCCCCAUCCCCAGCCGGCGGCGAAAUCUAGUUCCCGCCGAGCGCAAAACGAUGAAAAAUUUGUCAAUCCGACCGCUAACAUGGGCUUCGGCUGCAUCAAGAAGGCUACUAUCCUCGUCGCCAGCAGCGGCGCUCGAACCCUCGCCGUCAACUGCGGAGAUCGCUGAGAAAAGAAGUUUGGCGGAGGUGGAAGAGGACAAGAAUAAACACAAGAAGGACUUUGUGCCGGCUGUACGAUGCCCGCCUGCUCGUGUCUUGGCGGCGGCCGGCGGGGAGGCGUGUUCAAAGACCAUGAAUCAGUGGGUGAGGGAAGGGAGGCCGACGAAAGCCAUUGAGCUCGUCAAGUUUGUUAAAGAUUUGAGGAAGUACCGGCGAUACAAACACGCCCUUGAGCUGAUGGAUUGGAUGGUUAAGAUAAAAGGCAUGAACUUGUCCUACACCAACCAUGCAAUACGAAUUGACCUCAUGUCAAAAGUCAAGGGGAUCGAAUCAGCAGAGGACUACUUCUCUAAACUCCCAGAAAAUGCCAAGCAAGAACAAACAUAUGGAGCUCUCUUUAGCUGUUACUGUACAGAGAAAAUGCUGGACAAAGCCCUUUCCCUUUACAAGAAGAUGAAGGAACUCGGCUUUGCCUCCAAUAAUUUGCUACACAACAACUUGAUGGGCCUCUACAUGAAGUUAGAACAACCUGAGAAGGUCCCUAUCAUAUUGAAAGAGAUGAAGGCAAAUAAUUUAGUCCCUGAUAAUGUCACUUACUGCAUAGUUAUGAACAGCUAUGCGGCACUAAAUGACAUUGACUCAGUUGAGAGAGUAAUACAAGAAAUGGAGGAUGAUGAGAACAGCGUCAUACAAUGGAAUGCUUACAGUACAUUGGCAUCUAUCUAUAUAUCAGCUGGUCAUUUUGAGAAAGCUGAGUCAGCCCUCAAGAAGCUCGAGGGACUUAUUGAUAGCCGUGAGCGUUUGCCUUUCCAUUUCCUUAUAAGCUUAUAUGCAAGCACAGGGAAUUUGGAAGAGAUUAAUAGGGUAUGGAAAUCACUGAAAGCAACAUUUGUCAAGUGCACUAACAUGAGCUAUCUCACAAUGCUUCAGGCUCUGAAUAAGCUGGACGAUAUUGAAGGUAUGAAGCAGAUUUACGAGGAAUGGGAGUUGAUUCAUGAGACAUAUGAUUCGAGGCUGACCAAUGUCUUGAUUAGCUGUUAUUUAAGAAAUGAUAUGAUUGAAGAAGCUGACUCUCUGUAUAUGAAGACUAAAGAUAAACAAGGGAAACUUGAUUUCAGGACGUGCGAGCUGUUCAUGGAUUACUACUUGAAGAAAAAUGAGACAGGCUCAGCUAUGGAGUGGCUGGAGAUUGCAAGCAGGAUGGCUGAAGAUGGAGAGUGGAAAUUGAAUCUAGAAAAGGUAAGCCUAUUCCUGCAGCAUUACGAGAAAGAAAAAGAUGCAGACGGCAUAGAGAAGUUCUGUAAGAUUCUGAAGAAGCUCAACUGUCUUGGCUCUGGUGCAUAUAAGUCGCUGAUACAUAUUUAUGCAGCAACUGAUAAAAAGGAUCCUUCACUCUGUAAGUGGAUAAAAGAGGAGAAGAUCGAGCUGGACCCUGAAACACAAAAGUUACUUGAUAAAGCAUGUGCCAGUAAAUAGUGUCGGCUUAAUAUCUAGGAGCAUGAGAGGAAGAAAGUAAAAUCAAUUCUACACACAUUUCGUGCAACCAUCAAGAAACCUUCUCUCCUCUUGCAGUAUAGGAUCAGGGAGAUGUUCAUUGCUGCUGGAAGCUUGCUCAAUUUCGUGUUCUGUGUUCUGAGAGUAUGUCGUACUAUAUACUAUAGCAACUAGCUCUGGAGGCUUUUGUAUAUGCAAUGUUGACCAUGGAUUUUACCUUGUUAUUGUUGUCGUCCUUCCUCUCUUCAUGUGAGAACAUCAUUGUUGUUUUCCUUCCCUUUUUUCAUGUGAGAACAUCAUUGUGAAAUGAAAAGUUAUGUUUCUAA